ACAAAUACCGAAUAUCAUGAAUCGGCUCCCAGGAUGGGUUAUAUGGACAGGGUUAAAUCCAGCAUACCAAUGAUCUAUCGAUUUAGUCCGGUUGUUGGUGAGGCCACUUCGAUUUACUGGUAUCGUAUGGGAACCAAAGGUGAUGAUUCACUGUCUUAUCCGAUACAAUUGACACCUUACCGACUAAAUACUUACGUGUGGACUGGGAAUUCGGUCUACAAACUCACAUCUCUUCGCCUUAGGACCAUCCUCAUAAUGGGAACGUAG